AUGAUGCACAGGGAUUACAGCGUGGAGAUGCAGAGGCACUGUUCUCUGACCCACUGUCUGUCCUGUCCGCGGGGCCUACAAGGCAGGGUGGAGGUGGGCCCCAUGCCUGCCAGCUCCACCCCUAGCACAGAACAGACCCUCCCUUACCUGGGGCCAUGGUUGGAGGAACUGGAGGGGCACUUCAAAAUGUACCCUUCCCCUCACUUAACUCAUUGUGCACUUACUAGAUGGCAGGCUGACAGGUGUGUUCAGUUUUGUUAUCCAUAUAUAAAAGUCCCCUGUAGCUCAGUUGGUAGAGCAUGGCGCUUGCAACGCCAGGGUUGUGGGUUUGUUUCCCACUGGGGGCCAGUAUGAAAAUGUAUGCACUCACUAACUGUAAGUCGCUCUGGAUAAGAGCGUCUGCUAAAUGACUAAAAUGUCAAAUAAAAGACUAUCUAAGCCUAGUUAGGCUGUACAUUAGUCAUGGAAGGAGCUUAUGGGGCUUUGUUAUGCAAGAACAACAGUCUCACCCUACACACACACACCCCUUAGUGAUAGUAGUAUAACUACUUAGUUAGGGUUCAUCAUGUAUCACACACAGGAGAUUAAAAACAUGUUGAAUCAUUUUUGUCUUUUUCUUGUCUUGUCUUGUCUUGUCCUGCCGGUUUGACUGACUGAGAGGAGUUGUGUGACUUUCAACUCAGGUUGUUACAGGAUGUGACCUUUCUCCAGGACCAUUAACUAAGUAAAUCCUGUCUUGCAUCUUUCGAAUACCUCAGGGGGACUGAAAGCACAUUAUUUACACUUAAUGCAUUACAGGAUCAAGAGAACAUAGGCCUGGGAGAGAGAGAUGCGUCAUCUCCUAUCUCAAAUAGAAGAGUAUAUCUUUCUAUGUACCCAGUGCUUAUGCUACAUAUGCUGAAAUAUACAGGUAACUUCCAAAAUAAAGGAAGCACCAUCAUAAAGUGUCUUAAUAGGGCAUUUGGCCACCACCAGCCAGAACCGCUUCAGUGCACCUUGGCAUAGAUUCUACAAGUGUCUGGAACUCUAUUGGAGGGAUGCGACACCAUAUUUCCACGAGAAAUUCCAUCAUAUGGUGUUUUGUUGAUGGUGGUGGAAAACGCUGUCUCAGGCACCGCUCCAUAAUCUCCCAUAAGUGUUCAAUUGGGUUGAGAUCUGGUGACUGAGACGGUGAUAUGCAUAUGGUUUACAUCAUUUUCAUGCUCAUCAAACCAUUCAAAUACCAGGACAUUUUAGCCAAAAACCUGGUUGCCUCUGCCAGGAUCUUCCAGCAAGACAAUAACCCCAAGCACAAAUCAAAAUCCACAACAACAACAAAAAAUUUAACCCCAUUGAAAACGUGGUUUGAAUUGAAGAGAGCAGUCCAUAAGCGCAGAUGAAAGAUAACAAGGAUCUGGAAAGAUUUCUUAUGGAGGAAUGGUUUUAAGAUCCCUCCCAAUGUGUUCUCCAAUCUCAUAAAACAUUUUAGAAAAAGGCUCAGUGUCAUUAUCCUCUCAAGGGGAGGGUGCUGGAGUAUUUAAAACAGGGGUGCCAAUAAUUUUGACCUAUUUUAUUUUUGUAAAAUCUCUUUCUCUGAGCAAAUGUAUUACUAUAGUAGCAAUCCCGAGCGAUCCUCGCUAUAUGAGCCACAUUACAAUUCCCACCAAGUGGGUUAACCCUAUUUGCACAAUGCCUUUCACACAAGCGACCCGGGUUCGCUUCCCUGUCCCGCCGUUUGCUACAUUGGUGUCAGAAGUGGGAUGGCGGGUGUGAGGCCACCGGAACGCACGGCCCGGAAGUGUGAGGGGACUGAGUAGUAGAGUCAUGGGGACGUGCCUUCCCGUUUGGAGGAGGCAGUGUAGCGAUCCCGAGUGAUCCUCACUAUAUGAGCCACAUUACAAUUCCCAACAAGUGGGAUUGGCGCGAUGUGUAGGGUGUUUGCCUUUCACGUCAGCGACCUGGGUUCGCCUCGCUGGUCGCUACAGCAUAUUUUGCAUACUACAUAGCUCAGCAUUUGUAUUAUAUAUUUGGUUUAUUUUUGCUCAUCUUUAUAAAGGGUGGCAAUAAUUUUUGACCUGACUGUAUACAAUGUGAGACUCAAGUAUUUGACAGGCUUUGAUGUGUAGUGGAAUCUUACAGCUUGCUCAAGUUUCUCCCAUUUCAGUUUCUUCCAACACUUCAUCAUUGUGUGAGGCACAGGUGGUUGGUGGCACCUCACCAAUUGGGGAGGACAGUCUCGUGGUAAUGGCUGAAGCGGAAUAAGUGGAAUGGUAUCAAAUACAUCAAACACAUGGUUUCCAUGUGUUUGAUGCCAUUCCAUUCGCUCAUUAUUAUGAACAUUGGACAGUGUUAAAGCUGUUUUAUGUUAUUGUAAACACUUAAAAUAAAAAGAUUAUGGUUAGGGAGUUCAGGACUAUCUUAUUUGUAUUUAGGACAUGCCAAUGCCAAUGCCAACCUUGAUGCUGGCUGUAUGCUGUGCAGACCUGCAGAAGUGCAGGCUCCUGCCUGACUGCCCCGCUGUCAUUGCCCCCAUUUUGUUCUAAUGACAGCAAACAAAUUCUAAUGACAGCAAACAAAUAUUACCUGGUCACCCAGGGGCAACUGGGAAAUGUGAGGUGUGCACUGGGCCCUAUUUUGUUUAAUGGAACUCUAUUUUAUUUUAUUCUACAUAAUCUUUUGUUGCUUUUCCUUAUACUGUAUGACAAACUGACAAAACUGUGUAGAAUCACUGACGUGAAAGAACUGUGUAGUUGAGAUUCAUAGAUAUAUUAUGGUCUAUGGUGAGAGUAUUGUCAUGGCAACAUGCUUCAAAUCUGUCCAUUCUUUUCCUUAGUGAUUAUGUAGGAGAGGAGACUAGGACAGGACUCUUAGUAUGUAUACAUUUUAUGCAGUCUAUUGUGAUGUCCUGAAAAGAAGCUACAAGUUCACAUGAGAAAAAGUUAAUUCAAUGCUACUUCGGGAGGGCAGGAGGUGACUCAGAAGAUUCCAAGCGAAGCAGACACACCCACCAUCAACACCCUCCGGGGCCCCCAGAACUCCUGUCAUCACUUACACACUACUGUAUAUAAUAUUUGCCGUCUUUCUCAAUACGGCACCAAAGGCAACUGGACCAUUGUCACAAUAACACAAUGGGUUGUAUACAAAGCUUCAGGCAAUGCUGUGACCGGCCGAAAAACACAAAUGUCCGAAUUAGUCUUCCAGCAGUGUGUUUCGUAUGGCAAAUUGCCAUGAUCAUCUUAUUCGGCAUUUUUAUCCGUUAUAACAAGGAAUCUGACGCACAUUGGAUAGAGCAUAAAAAAUCUGACAACAUAUCCAGUAACAUUGAGAACGACUUCUAUUUCAGAUAUCCAAGUAAGUGACCCAAAAUGACCUGCUCUGCUGCUUUUUAAUUUUGAUUUAUGUUUUCUUUUUAAAUUGGUUUAUUAUUUCGAUUUUAUUUCACCAACCAAACAUUUGUGAAAUAAAAUAAUCCUAUAUAUUCUAAACAAAUCUUUGCCAAUUUGGUUGUUUUAUUCAGAAACGUUGAUCCACAAAUGAUCACUUUUUAUUGUCAUAUUAAGAAAAUUAUUAAACGCAUAGGCCUAUGAGCGCGAAUGCUUUGCAAUUCCAUAUGCGUACUUGAACAUUAUAGUUGAACAUUGCAUAAAAUGAUUAAAUUAAACUUUUGUUCAGCAAUAACAUGUCAUGUAAUAGUUGUGAAAAAUAUAGAUUAUAAUAGGCCUAUUUUCCAGGAAUGUCGUACUAACUUUCAAAGAUAUGCCACAUAUACACAGGUGUACAGUAUAUUCCCAGUGGGCUUUGUCCCUCCUUCCUCAAGUUCUUCAUACCCCCACCCUCUCCCAACAGGUGCAUCUGCAGACUCCCUGAUGCUUAUAUAAUCUAUAUCAUCAUCUGGCGAGAAUUACAAGAUUAAUCAUAAACAUCAAGGCUGUGAAUGUGUGUGUUGCCUGUGUGUGUUGCCUGUGCACGCGUGUGUGUGUCUUGUUUAGCUUCAGUUCAAUUAGUAUAGAAUCUUAUUUCACCUGUUAUAGAAUUAUGAGGGUGUGGUUGAAUUUAGCUCAGUACAGCAGCUACCUGUGGUGUGAGUGUCAGUCCUAUCGCAUGACCAUUUCUUAUAGAGUGUUGGAUGUCAGGUUAUAAAUGAUUUUGCUCUCACAGUCUAUUGUCCAAUCAAGCAUGAGAUCGAGGAGUAGGUCAUUUGAUCUCUGAAGUCAGUAUGGGGACAAUCUGAACUAGGCAGGGAGUUUUCUUCAAGGGCCAUAUUGUUUGUCUGGUACAAAUAGAUGCAGUAUUUGUUAACCUGAUGUGAUAUAAGAGUGGGUAACAUGUACAGAUAUAGGAUCUUAAUUUGAUCACCCUGUUGCAGGGGUACUUUCCUGCAAUGCAGGAAAUUUAAAACUUGUACUGUAUUUGAGAAAAAAAUUGAUGUUUUAUUGUCAUAUACACCAGAAAGGUGCAGUGAAAUGUGUUGUUUACAGGGUCAGCCAUAGUAGUACAGCGCCCCUGGAGCAAAUUAGGGUUAAAUGCCUUGCUCAAGUACACAUUGAUUUUUCACCUUGUCGGCUCAGGUAUUUGAGCCAGCAACCUUUCGGUUACUAGCCCACCGCUCUAACUGCUAAACCACCUGAAGCUUGUAAUUUCCACAUAGAACUUUGACUAGAUUUUUCCUUACGAAGAAUGUAUCAACCACCACAUAAAUGUCAAUUUAAUUAUAAUCCACAUAAUUCACCUUUCCUGUUGCUGCAGGAUUAUUUUCCUGCUGUAGUAAACUGCUUUAAAUUAAGAUCCUACAUCUGUGGUAGUAUAUUAGGCUGUUGUGUGUACCUUUUUUUUGGAGUAACUAUGAUGUUUCACAGUGCGAAUGCGACAUAUUGUCCUCUGGAAUGCAUCAGACAUUCAUGGCUGCUCAUCUUGAAAAUUAUACUGGCAGGUUGAUGCUAGUAUUUAUUCAUCCUGUGGAUGUAGCCAAGAGUCAUUUCUUGGGGCCAUAUGAUGAUUUUGAUGACUUUCAAAGGAUGAUGAAUUUCGAAGUUAGUGACAAUUUGUUUUAUUGUAAAAAAUGUAAAAUUAAGUAUUUGCAUCUACCAGUAAGUUCACAGUAAUGUUUUGCAUCCCUUUUAACCUGUACAUUAUUUAUACAUACAGUGGGGGAAAAAAAGGUAUUUAGUCAAAUCAAAUCAAAUCAAAUUUUAUUGGUCACAUGCGCCGAAUACAACAGGUGCAGACAUUACAGUGAAAUGCUUACUUACAGCCCUUAACCAACAGUGCAUUUAUUUUUAACAAAAAAAGUAAAAAUAAAACAACAACUAAAAAAAAGUGUUGAGAAAAAAAAGAGCAGAAGUUAAAUAAAAUAACAGUAGGGAGGCUAAAUAUAUACAGCGGGGUACCGUUGCAGAGUCAAUGUGCGGGGGCACCGGCUAGUUGAGGUAGUUGAGGUAAUAUGUACAUGUGGGUAGAGUUAAAGUGACUAUGCAUAAAUAAUUAACAGAGUAGCAGCAGCGUAAAAGGAUGGGGUGGGGGGGCAGUGCAAAUAGUCCGGGUAGCCAUGAUUAGCUGUUCAAGAGUCUUAUGGCUUGGGGGUAGAAGCUGUUGAGAAGUCUUUUGGACCUAGACUUGGCACUCCGGUACCGCUUGCCGUGCGGUAGCAGAGAGAACAGUCUAUGACUAGGGUGGCUGGAGUCUUUGACAAUUUUGAGGGCCUUCCUCUGACACCGCCUGGUAUAGAGGUCCUGGAUGGCAGGAAGCUUGGCCCCAGUGAUGUACUGGGCCGUACGCACUACCCUCUGUAGUGCCUUGCGGUCAGAGGCCAAGCAGUUGCCAUACCAGGCGGUGAUGCAACCAGUCAGGAUGCUCUCGAUGGUGCAGCUGUAGAAUUUUUUGAGGAUCUGAGGACCCAUGCCAAAUCUUUUCAGUCUCCUGAGGGGGAAUAGGCUUUGUCGUGCCCUCUUCACGACUGUCUUGGUGUGUUUGGACCAUGAUAGUUCGUUGGUGAUGUGGACACCAAGGAACUUGAAGCUCUCAACCUGUUCCACUACAGCCCCGUCGAUGAGAAUGGGGGCGUGCUCAGUCCUCUUUUUUUCCCUGUAGUCCACAAUCAUCUCCUUUGUCUUGGUCACGUUGAGGGAGAGGUUGUUGUCCUGGCACCACACGGCCAGGUCUCUGACCUCCUCCCUAUAGGCUGUCUCAUCGUUGUCGGUGAUCAGGCCUACCACUGUUGUGUCGUCGGUAAACUUAAUGAUGGUGUUGGAGUCGUGCCUGGCCAUGCAGUCAUGGGUGAACAGAGAGUACAGGAGGGGACUGAGCACGCACCCCUGAGGGGCCCCCGUGUUGAGGAUCAGUGUGGCAGAUGUGUUGUUACCUACCCUUACCACCUGGGGGCGGCCCGUCAGGAAGUCCAGGAUCCAGUUGCAGAGGGAGGUCAGCCACCAAUUGUGCAAGUUCUCCCACUUAAAAAGAUGAGAGAGGCCUGUAAUUUUCAUCAUAGGUACACGUCAACUAUGACAGACAAAAUGAGAAAAUAAAAUCCAGAAAAUCACAUUGUAGGAUUUUUAAUGAAUUUAUUUGCAAAUUAUGGUGGCAAAUAAGUAUUUGGUCAAUAACAAAAGUUUCUCAAUACUUUGUUAUAUACCCUUUGUUGGCAAUGACACAGGUCAAACGUUUUCUGUACGUCUUCACAAGGUUUUCACACACUGGAGCCUCUUAAAGAAGAAGUUACAGGUCUGUGAGAGCCAGAAAUCUUGCUUUUUUGUAGGUGACCAAAUACUUAUUUUCCACCAUAAUUUGCAAAUAAAUUCAUUAAAAAUCCUACAAUGUGAUUUUCUGGAUUUUUUUUCUCUCAAUUUGUCUGUCAUAGUUGACGUGUACCUAUGAUGAAAAUUACAGGCCUCUCUCAUCUUUUUAAGUGGGAGAACUUGCACAAUUGGUGGCUGACUAAAUACUUUUUCCCCCACUGUAUAUGUUUAUAUUGGCCUCUGUACAUCACCUUCUAUGUCUUAGUCUGUAUAUUGGGUCUAUGCCCUUGAGAAUGCUCAUGUUUUUCAUUUUGAACAUUGUAGAACUGUCAUGUGGGUAUCUCAAGAAACUUGAUCUUGAGUUUCGGUAUGGUACGUUCUAGUUGAGCCCUCAAGGAUAUUGCAUGGUUGGAUGUACACACUGUAAAUAUGGGGCUUCCAGCAUGGACAGAACCCAAAACUUCCAUGUCAACAGCUUUCUACUCAUACUAUCGGUAUCUAUGCGGUUAUUUAUGUAUACUGUAGGUAUCUACUGUACACAGUUAGUAACACAGAGAUGUCCUUGAACCAUGUUUGCAUAAUUUUCACUCUCUACCUUUCCACUAUCCCCCAGUUCACCCUCACUUUCUCACACGCCAUGUUGUGAAACAGGGAUUCUUGAAAGACGGGACAAUCCCAACUUUUCUUUCAGAAAUAUUAUUCUUAAUAAUAACAUUUGAAAUAUAUAUUCGUAUAGAUCAAAGUAUCAGCUAUCACACCAUGUAAAGGAAUUACCUCCUAAUUUAAAACCUUUUUUAAUAAAAUGCACCUACUGUCACUGCAUUUAUGUCAACUCUGUCAGAGGAAUUUCAUUGUUAUAUUUAUUGUCCAACAAGUGGUUAAAGGCCUUAAUUGUUUCAUUCUAACAUUAGAUUAUUCAAAAAUAUUUUUGUUUUGUUUCAUUGCUCCAAGGCUAAUUUAAUUAGCAUUUUGGCAUGCUUUUCUAGAUUGAGAACAUACAGUGGGGAAAAAAAGUAUUUAGUCAGCCACCAAUUGUGCAAGUUCUCCCACUUAAAAAGAUGAGAGAGGCCUGUAAUUUUCAUCAUAGGUACACGUCAACUAUGACAGACAAAUUGAGAAUUUUUUUCUCCAGAAAAUCACAUUGUAGGAUUUUUAAUGAAUUUAUUUGCAAAUUAUGGUGGAAAAUAAGUAUUUGUCACCUACAAACAAGCAAGAUUUCUGGCUCUCACAGACCUGUAACUUCUUCUUUAAGAGGAUCCUCUGUCCUCCACUCGUUACCUGUAUUAAUGGCACCUGUUUGAACUUGUUAUCAGUAUAAAAGACACCUGUCCACAACCUCAAACAGUCACACUCCAAACUCCACUAUGGCCAAGACCAAAGAGCUGUCAAAGGACACCAGAAACAAAAUUGUAAACCUGCACCAGGCUGGGAAGACUGAAUCUGCAAUAGGUAAGCAGCUUGGUUUGAAGAAAUCAACUGUGGGAGCAAUUAUUAGGAAAUGGAAGACAUACAAGACCACUGAUAAUCUCCCUCGAUCUGGGGCUCCACGCAAGAUCUCACCCUGUGGGGUCAAAAUAAUCACAAGAACGGUGAGCAAAAAUCCCAGAACCACACGGGGGGACCUAGUGAAUGACCUGCAGAGAGCUGGGACCAAAGUAACAAAGCCUACCAUCAGUAACACACUACGCCGCCAGGGACUCAAAUCCUGCAGUGCCAGACGUGUCCCCCUGCUUAAGCCAGUACAUGUUCAGGCCCAUCUGAAGUUUGAUAGAGUGCAUUUGGAUGAUCCAGAAGAUGAUUGGGAGAAUGUCAUAUGGUCAGAUGAAACCAAAAUAUAACUUUUUGGUAAAAACUCAACUCGUCGUGUUUGGAGGACAAAGAAUGCUGAGUUGCAUCCAAAGAACACCAUACCUACUGUGAAGCAUGGGGGUGGAAACAUCAUGCUUUGGGGCUGUUCUUCUGCAAAGGGACCAGGACGACUGAUCCGUGUAAAGGAAAGAAUGAAUGGGGCCAUGUAUCGUGAGAUUUUGAGUGAAAACCUCCUUCCAUCAGCAAGGGCAUUGAAGAUGAAACGUGGCUGGGUCUUUCAGCAUGACAAUGAUCCCAAACACACCGCCCGGGCAACGAAGGAGUGGCUUCGUAAGAAGCAUGUCAAGGUCCUGGAGUGGCCUAGCCAGUCUCCAGAUCACAACCCCAUAGAAAAUCUUUGGAGGGAGUUGAAAGUCCGUGUUACCCAGCGACAGCCCCAUAACAUCACUGCUCUAGAAGAGAUCUGCAUGGAGGAAUAGGCCAAAAUACCAGCAACAGUGUGUGAAAACCUUGUGAAGACUUACAGAAAACGUUUGACCUGUGUCAUUGCCAACAAAGGGUAUAUAACAAAGUAUUGAGAAACUUUUGUUAUUGACCAAAUACUUAUUUUCCACCAUCAUUUGCAAAUAAAUUCAUUAAAAAUCCUACAAUGUGAUUUUCUGGAUUUUUAUUUCUCAUUUUGUCUGUCAUAGUUGACGUGUACCUAUGAUGAAAAUUACAGGCCUCUCUCGUCUUUUUAAGUGGGAGAACUUGCACAAUUGGUGGCUGACAAAAUACUUUUUUUCCCCACCGUAGAACAAGAUUUAUUAAGCAAAUGUGAUCCUUUAUGUCUAGUACAGCAAAUACUUCAAUAGUUUAAGCAUAUAUUGCAGGACAAUGAUUAACAUUUUCUUUUGAAUAUAAAAAUCGAUCUUAAGGGGGUUAGCAAUCAGUGACAGAGUUGACCAUCCACUGAUGGAGUUGACAACAAUAGAUACUCAAAACAGACAUAUUCUUGUCUCUAAAAAUAAAGGUUCAAUACAAACAUUUGUAAAACAUGGAAAAUUAUUCAUUUAACUGUCCCCAAGAAUGAACACAACCAUUCUACCCGAUCUUUCAGCACUCUGACGGAGUUGACAUUAGACAAAAAUCUGACGGAGUGUAUGUUUUAUAGAGUUGACAAAUGCAUCUUUUUCUUUUUUAUUCAAGUGGUAUACUACAUAAUUUUGUUUUUCCUCAGUUGCUUUAUGACUCUAAAACCUAAUUGAAAUGAACAUAUUUGAACCAAAAAUCUUAUUCUAUCUUACUCUAUGAAGGAGAUGGCGUUGACAGCUUAUGGUUGUGACCAUGGUGAUAUCAAUAAUGUUUGUUUAAAUAUAUCAAAAGUAGAGAACUUUUCAGACCAUGAGUGGUCUUGUUGCACUACAUUUAAUCAGGAGCUGAAGAAGGGAAAUCAUAUGAGAGUGUAAAGUUACUCAUCAGACAUUUUGCUAUAUAGUUUCCACAGGGGAUGGAUAGCUAUGUUUGAUCAAAAACACAUCAAAGUCAUUUUCAUGUCAAGUUCAUUGCCUUGGUAGAACUUGGAGUAAUAUGGAACUGACUCCAACUGACCCUCUCAUUUCCCUAACAGUAUUUAUCUGCACCUUUUACCCAUCCCUACCUCUCCCCCCACCCACCACCCCUCGCCCUCUUUCUCCCCCAGGUUUCCAGGAUGUCCAUGUGAUGAUCUUUGUGGGCUUCGGUUUCCUCAUGACCUUCCUGAAGCGCUACAGUUUCGGUGCUGUGGGCUUCAACUUCCUCAUCGCCGGCUUCGGCCUUCAGUGGGCACUUCUGAUGCAGGGCUGGUUCCACUCUCUGGACCCCAUGGACGGCAAGAUCAAGAUCGGCGUGGAGAGGUUAGAGUCCAUCGGUUUUGGUCUAACAGCGUUAAACUUGUUCCCUUGGAUCUUCUGUCUUUUGUGACUAAUGAGAUCAGUGAAUAUGCUGGUGUCGUAUUUGAUAGGUGAAAGUGAUGUGGGUUUAAAAAAAGUUAUAUAGUCCUAGUUAAAGCAUCCCCUCCUUUCACCACCGUGGUCACCUGGAAAGACGAUAGUGAAUAUUGUAUGGAUUUAUAAAAUGAUUUUCACUAGGACUCAAAGCACUUUACAUUGUAAUGUAAAUAACAUAAACAAACUCACCCCAUCCAACAAUGUAUAGAGCCCUUCUGGCUGACCAUUCACUGACUAUAAUUAGGACAGAUCAAAUAAUAAUAUAAUAAUAUGCCAUUUAGCAGACGCUUUUAUCCAAAGCGACUUACAGUCAUGUGUGCAUACAUUUUUUACGUAUGGGUGGUCCCGGGGAUCGAACGCACUACCCUGGCGUUACAAGCACCAUGCUCUACCAAUUGAGCAACAGAGGCAAAUUGUGGCAAAUUUUAUUUGCCACAUGCGCCGAAUACAACAUGUGUAGACCUUCCAGUGAAAUGGUUACUUACAAGCCCUUAACCAACAAUGCAGUUUUAAGAAAAAAAGUGUUAAGUAAAAAAUAGAUAAGUAACAAAUAAAAAAGGAACAGCUGAUACUCUCAUGCAUGCUUCAGUGUUGCUUGCCUCGAAGCGAGCAUAGAAGUGAUUUAGCUCGUCUGGUAGGCUCGUGUCACUGGGCAGCUCGCGGCUGUGCUUCCCUUUGUAGUCAGUAAUAGUUUGCAAGCCACAUCCGACGAGUGUCGGAGCCGGUGUAGUACGAUUCAAUCUUAGUCCUGUAUUGACUCUUUGCCUGUUUGAUGGUUCGUCGGAGGGCAUAGCGGGAUUUCUUAUAAGCGUCCGGGUUAGAGUCCCGCUCCUUGAAAGCGGCAGCUCUACCCUUUAGCUCAGUGCGGAUGUUGCCUGUAAUCCAUGGCUUCUGGUUGGGGUAUGUAUGUACGGUCACUGUGGGGACGACAUCAUCGAUGCACUUAUUGAUGAAGCCAGUGACUGAUAUGGUGUACUCCUCAAUGCCAUUGAAAGAAUCCCGGAACACAUUCUUUACAUACAGUGGGGAGAACAAGUAUUUGAUUCACUGCCGAUUUUGCAGGUUUUCCUACUUACAAAGCAUGUAGAGGUCUGUAAUUUUUAUCAUAGGUACACUUCAACUGUGAGAGACGGAAUCUAAAACAAAAAUCCAGAAAAUCACAUUGUAUGAUUUUUAAGUAAUUCAUUUGCAUUUUAUUGCAUGACAUAAGUAUUUGAUACAUCAGAAAAGCAGAACUUAAUAUUUGGUACAGAAACCUUUGUUUGCAAUUACAGAGAUCAUACGUUUCCUGUAGGUCUUGACCAGGUUUGCACACACUGCAGCAGGGAUUUUGGCCCACUCCUCCAUACAGACCUUCUCCAGAUCCUUCAGGUUUCGGGCUGUCGCUGGGCAAUACGGACUUUCAGCUCCCUCCAAAUAUUUUCUAUUGGGUUCAGGUCUGGAGACUGGCUAGGCCACUCCAGGACCUUGAGAUGCUUCUUACGGAGCCACUCCUUAGUUGCCCUGGCUGUGUGUUUCAGGUCGUUGUCAUGCUGGAAAACCCAGCCACGACCCAUCUUCAAUGCUCUUACUGAGGGAAGGAGGUUGUUGGCCAAGAUCUCGCGAUACAUGGCCCCAUCCAUCCUCCCCUCAAUACGGUGCAGUCGUCCUGUCCCCUUUGCAGAAAAGCAUCCCCAAAGAAUGAUGUUUCCACCUCCAUUCUUCACAGUUGGGAUGGUGUUCUUAGGGUUGUACUCAUCCUUCUUCUUCCUCCAAACACGGCGAGUGGAGUUUAGACCAAAAAGCUCUAUUUUUGUCUCAUCAGACCACAUGACCUUCUCCCAUUCCUCCUCUGGAUCAUCCAGAUGGUCAUUGGCAAACUUCAGACGGGCCUGGACAUGAGAAGGGGGACCUUGCGUGCGCUGCAGGAUUUUAAUCCAUGGCGGUGUAGUGUGUUACUAAUGGUUUUCUUUGAGACUGUGGUCCCAGCUCUCUUCAGGUCAUUGACCAGGUCCUGCCGUGUAGUUCUGGGCUUAUCCCUCACCUUUCUCAUGAUCAUUGAUGCCCCACGAGGUGAGAUCUUGCAUGGAGCCCCAGACCGAGGGUGAUUGACCGUCAUCUUGAACUUCUUCCAUUGUCUAAUAAUUGCGCCAACAGUUGUUCCCUUCUCACCAAGCUGCUUGCCAAUUGUCCUGUAGCCCAUCCCAGCCUUGUGCAGGUCUACAAUUUUAUCCCUGAUGUCCUUACACAGCUCUUUGGUCUUGGCCAUUGUGGAGAGGUUGGAGUCUGUUUAAUUGAGUGUGUGGACAGGUGUCUUUUAUGCAGGUAACGAGUUCAAACAGGUGCAGUUAAUAAAGGUAAUGAGUGGAGAACAGGAGGGCUUCUUAAAGAAAAACGAACAGGUCUGUGAGAGCCAGAAUUCUUACUGGUUGGUAGGUGAUCAAAUACAUAUGUCAUGCAAUAAAAUGCAAAUUAAUUACUUAAAAAUCAUACAAUGUGAAUUUCUGGAUUUUUGUUUUAGAUUCCGUCUCUCACAGUUGAAGUAAAAAAUUACAGACCUCUACAUGCUUUGUAAGUAGGAAAACCUGCAAAAUCGGCCGUGUAUCAAAUACUUGUUCUCCCCACUGUAUUAUGUAUAACCUUAUGAAUGAGUCCUAUGUGAAUGAGUCAGUCAUGCAGAACAUAUACCUACAUCAUUGAAAUCAAUCUAUAGAAGAACAUGUGUGGAUGGAAAUGAAUCCUGCAUGCAUGCAUGGUGGGAGUGCCAGAGAGAGCCUAUCGUGACGCAAGUUGAGGAACCGGUCUGCAUGUGAAAAUCCCUCAUAUGUAUCACCUGUUACUGUUGAUCCUCUUGUCUUGUGAGAUUUACUGUCUGUGGACACUAAUGGGAGGGCAAACAAAAACACAGCACUACAUGUAAUCACACAUUUAUGAUACUGCUGAAGUAUUGUAUAAACAGAUGAUACGUGUGUGUGCAUGUCUGUGUGACGUGUGUGAUUGUAAGCAAAUGUGUGUGUACGUGUUUGUAUGUGUACGCUAAUAGGGAGGGAACAAGCUCCCUCACGACGCCAGGACGGCGGAGUCACUCACCACCUUCCGGAGACACUUGAAACCCCACCUCUUUAAGGAAUACCUGGGAUAGGAUAAAGUCAUCCUUCUACCCCCCCCCCCUUACCCCACCCCCCCAAAAUAAAAAAUAAAUACAAAAAUAAAAAAUUAACAUAUUGUAAAGUGGUUAUCCCACUAGCUAUAAGGUGAAUGCACCAAUUUGUAAGUCGCUCUGGAUAUGAGCGUCUGCUAAAUGACAUAAAUGUAAAUGUAAAUACCAUAAUAGCAGUUUGGUAUCCUAGCAGAAGGGCCCAAUAUACAGUGGGGAAAAAAAGUAUUUAGUCAGCCACCACUUAAAAAGAUGAGAGAGGCCUGUAAUUUUCAGCAUAGGUACACGUCAACUAUGACAGACAAAUUGAGAUUUUUUUUCUCCAGAAAAUCACAUUGUAGGAUUUUUUAUGAAUUUAUUUGCAAAUUAUGGUGGAAAAUAAGUAUUUGGUCACCUACAAACAAGCAAGAUUUCUGGCUCUCACAGACCUGUAACUUCUUCUUUAAGAGGCUCCUCUGUCCUCCACUCGUUACCUGUAUUAAUGGCACCUGUUUGAACUUGUUAUCAGUAUAAAAGACACCUGUCCACAACCUCAAACAGUCACACUCCAAACUCCAAUAUGGCCAAGACCAAAGAGCUGUCAAAGGACACCAGAAACAAAAGUGUAGACCUGCACCAGGCUGGGAAGACUGAAUCUGCAAUAGGUAAGCAGCUUGGUUUGAAGAAAUCAACUGUGGGAGCAAUUAUUAGGAAAUGGAAGACAUACAAGACCACUGAUAAUCUCCCUCGAUCUGGGGCUCCACGCAAGAUCUCACCCCGUGGGGUCAAAAUGAUCACAAGAACGGUGAGCAAAAAUCCCAGAACCACACGGGGGGACCUAGUGAAUGACCUGCAGAGAGCUGGGACCAAAGUAACAAAGCCUACCAUCAGUAACACACUACGCCGCCAGGGACUCAAAUCCUGCAGUGCCAGACGUGUCCCCCUGCUUAAGCCAGUACAUGUCCAGGCCCGUCUGAAGUUUGCUAGAGUGCAUUUGGAUGAUCCAGAAGAGGAUUGGGAGAAUGUCAUAUGGUCAGAUGAAACCAAAAUAGAACUUUUUGGUAAAAACUCAACUUGUCGUGUUUGGAGGACAAAGAAUGCUGAGUUGCAUCCAAAGAACACCAUACCUACUGUGAAGCAUGGGGGUGGAAACAUCAUGCUUUGGGGCUGUUUUUCUGCAAAGGGACCAGGACGACUGAUCCGUGUAAAGGAAAGAAUGAAUGGGGCCAUGUAUCGUGAGAUUUUGAGUGAAAACCUCCUUCCAUCAGCAAGGGAAUUGAAGAUGAAACGUGGCUGGGUCUUUCAGCAUGACAAUGAUCCCAAACACACCGCCCGGGCAACGAAGGAGUGGCUUCGUAAGAAGCAUUUCAUGGUCCUGGAGUGGCCUAGACAGUCUCCAGAUCUCAACCCCAUAGAAAAUCUUUGGAGGGAGUUGAAAGUCCGUGUUGCCCAGCGACAGCCCCAAAACAUCACUGCUCUAGAGGAGAUCUGCAUGGAGGAAUGGGCCAAAAUACCAGCAACAGUGUGUGAAAACCUUGUGAAGACUUACAGAAAACGUUUGACCUGUGUCAUUGCCAACAAAGGGUAUAUAACAAAGUAUUGAAAAACUUUUGUUAUUGACCAAAUACUUAUUUUCCACCAUCAUUUGCAAAUAAAUUCAUAAAAAAUCCUACAAUGUGAUUUUCUGAUUUUUUUUCUUCUCAUUUUGUCUGUCAUAGUUGACGUGUACCCAUUAUGAAAAUUACAGGCCUCUCUCAUCUUUUUAAGUGGGAGAACUUGCACAAUUGGUGGCUGACUAAAUACUUUUUUUCCCCACUGUAAAGUAGGAUGUCAAUUAAAUCAGUGUUGUGAGGUAAACAGAGUUAUGGUUAUGUGAGAUCAUAGAAAUACUGUGCAUAGACGGGACGCAGCUCUGUAUUUUGUGUGUGGUUUUAUUUGUAACAAACUACUGAAGGAUACAAAUUGACCAAGUCAAUAUACUAUAUCAUAAUGUUGGAAGGGCCUUUUAAUAACAAGGUUCUUCAAUUAUUAUUCAACUAUUGGCCUUUGAGGAUGAAGUCAUUGUCAUUAUUUUCUGUGACCAUUUUCUAGGGACAAUGAUAUGGGCAUGCUACACUUUUAGAACAUAGACACACCAAUAUCCUGUUAUUAUUUGGGAUACUGUAUUAUUAUGUUUUUGAGUUGAUGCAUAUAAACAUCAUAUCCUGUUUACAAUAACCAGAAAAGGCUUGUAUCCCGGUUAUGAGAAACCCGGAUAAGAUGCCUGGUAUAUGCUGAUCUUAGACAGGAUACACUGGCAUGUCAACACUUUAUCCCCUUUAAUGUUGUUUUCCGUGGUCUGUGAAGGCUCAGUUUAGCAUGUCAUGCGUGUUGUGUCAUGAUGUUUUCAUCUGAUUGUCAAACUAAUCACUUUAAAAAGUGCGCUAUACCUGCGCAGUUCGAUCCACCAUAAUAUUUCCAUAAUAAUGUAUUUUGCUGAUACUCCGUACUGGACCAUAUAGCCUACUGGCUCAGGCUACUUUCACCCCUAAUUUAGAUACGUUUCUGCUUAUAAUUUCCAACAUUUGGUAGGCCAUAUUUUAAUUUAGGCCAUUUGUCAACUACAGUUAGAUACAUGCAGCUUCUCUUCUGUCAUAACUUGUUGCCUAGAAGACUAAAUAAAGUAGUGCUCCACCAGAAUAAUGUCUUACAUUGAUAGAAGGAAUGCAUUAGUAAUCAAGUUAAUUAACACUGGUAAAGUUGUGAUUCGUUUAGGGACCGGGGAGAAAGAUUGGAAAGAUUGUUCCCAUGCAAAAUGUCCAAAUGUCAUCAGUUUAACCAGUUUUAAGGAAAUUAAAAGCUGAGAAAACUCUAAAACACGUUUCUGAUAAGACUGGGUGCAUAUUUUAUGUGGUUGAAAGACUGUCUGCUUGCAUAACAGUGACAAAGAUUAACACGUUACAUGUGCAUUUGCAUUUUCUCAAGAGAUGCUUGAAAGAAAUAAAUCAUAUUUCACCACUCCUGUUCCCAAGACAAAAUUAAUAAUUGUUGCAUACUUUAAAUGCAUAAUUCUGCAGGAGUUAAUAUUAUAUUAGGCUACAUGUGAGAGGUUAUAGGCCUACAGUCAGUGUCCAGAUUUCAGAUACUAUUCGAUUUAGCCCAUAUGCACUGAAAUUAGGAAUAUUCUGUUUAUUUCUGGAUACAGGGAUACUCGUGAGCGGGAUAUCAAAGGUGCAUGUUAACAGCUUAUCCCAAAUAAUCCCUUAAGCGGGAAAUUAGCUACUAUCCGGAACACUGUGCACAUAUAAAUGUAGUCAAUGACCAAUUGACAAAAGACAGCACAAACGUAUCUGGUACCAGGCUGACACCGACCCAGUAUACAUUCUAAUCCUACCCUGGUUCUGUCCUUCUCAGCAUGAUCAAUGCAGACUUCUGUGUAGCCAGCUGCCUGAUAGCGUACGGGGCGGUGCUAGGCAAGGUGAGCCCAGUCCAGCUGAUGGUGAUGACGCUGUUCGGAGUCACUCUGUAUGCUGUGGAGGAGUAUAUCAUCCUCAGCCUCAUACAUGUAAGUCUUUAGUAAAUAAUAAAGGCUUUAAUAUUAAGUCUUGCAUAAAACCUGCAAACAUGGUCCUCAAGAAUGGCCCACAGUGAUGCUGUGUCAUGGUACGUGCUUGUUUGAUUGAUAGAAUGCAUUUACCUUUACAAUAAGAUUUUAUGGAAUAGAUGCAGAUAUCUAUACUGAACAAAAAUAUAAAUGCAAUAUGCAACAAUUUCAAAGAUUUUAUUGAGUUACAGUUAAUAUAAGGAAAUCAGUCAAUUGAAAUAAAUUCAUUAGGCCCUAAUCUAUGGAUCGUGAAUACAGAUAUGCAUCUGUUGGUCACAGAUACCUUAAAAAUAUGACAUUCUCCCAAUCCUCUUCUGGAUCAUCCAAAUGCACUCUAGCAAACUUCAGACGGGCCUGGACAUGUACUGGCUUAAGCAGGGGGACACGUCUGGCACUGCAGGAUUUGAGUCCCUGGCGGCGUAAUUAAGUAGGGGUGUGGAUCAGAAAACCAGUCAGUAUCUGGUGUGACUAUCAUUUGCCUCGUGCAGUGGGAUGCAUCUCCUUUGCAUAGAGUUCAUCAGGCUAUUGAUUGUGGCCUGUGGAAUGUUGUCCCACUCCUCUUUAAUGGCUGUGCGAAGUUGCUGGAUAUUGGUGGGAACUGGAACACGCUGUCGUACACGUCGAUCCAGAGCAUCCCAAACAUGCUCAAUGGGUGACAUGUCUGUUGAGUAUGUAGGGCAUGGAAGAACUGGGACCUUUUCAGCUUCCAGAAAUUGUGUACAGAUCCUUGUGAUAUGGGGCAGUGCAUUAUCAUGCUGAAACAUGAGGUGAUGGCGGCAGAUGAAUGGCACGACAAUGGGCCUCGGGAUCUCGUCACGGUAUCUCUGUGCAUUCAAAUUGGCAUCGAUAAAAUGUAAUUGUGUUCAUUGUCCAUAGCUUAUGCCUGUCCAUACCAUAACCCCACUGCCACCAUGGGGCACUCUGUUCACAACGCUGACAUCGUCACCCAAUGUCUGGCAACAGCACUGGUGGACAUUCCUGCAGUCAUGCUAACUGCAGGAAUGGUGCACCUGUGUAAUGAUCAUGCUGUUUAAUUAGAUUUUUGAUGUGCCACACCUGUCAGGUGGAUGGAUUAUCUUGGCAAAGGAAAAAUGCUCACUAACAGGGAUCUAAACAAAUUUGUGCACAAAAUCUGAGAUAAAUACGCUUUUUGUGACCAUGAACAUUUUCUAGGAUCUUUUAUUUCAGCUUAUGAAACAUGGGACCAACACUUUACAUGUUGCAUUUAUAUUUUUGUUCAGUGUACAUACGAAUAAGGUGGCUGGUUUACUGUAUAUCAUUCUACGUUACAGGCCAGGGAUGCUGGUGGCUCCAUGGUGAUCCACACAUUCGGGGCUUAUUAUGGUCUGUCCAUCUCGUGGAUGCUGUACCGGCCCAACCUGGACCAGAGCAAGCAUCGGAUUGGCUCUGUCUACCAAUCCGACAUCUUUGCCAUGAUCGGUGAGGCUGAGCCACAAUGGUUGACACUUUUCACAAUUGCCAUACUCGUAUUGAUGAAACUGUACUACCAUGGAUCCAUUCCUGCCCCAUAGGAACCCUGUUCCUGUGGAUGUUCUGGCCUAGUUUUAACUCGGCCAUCUCGGACCACGGGGAUGGGCAGCACCGAGCGGCCAUAAACACAUACCUGUCCCUGGCCGCCACUGUCCUCACCACCAUAGCCAUCUCCAGUCUCUCCCAGAAGACCGGCAAGCUGGACAUGGUAAUGUAAUGGACACACAUGAUGUGCAUUAGAUAUAUUAGCCUGGUCCAAGAUCUGAUUGUGCUGUCCUGCCAACUCCUAUGGUCAUACCCACUAACUUUUUAUCAUGUACUGUAUCUCCACUCAAGCUAUUGGCCAACUCUUUUGUUCCUGUGUUUCAGGUUCACAUCCAGAAUUCCACGCUGGCCGGGGGCGUUGCCGUGGGAACGGCAGCAGAGUUCAUGCUAAUGCCUUAUGGGUCUCUGAUCGUAGGGUUCUGCUGUGGCAUAAUCUCCACCCUUGGCUAUAUUUAUAUCACGGUAAUGUAGAAUAUGGAGUCACAUCAGUUUUAUUCAUGAGUUUUCGAUCUGCAACAUUUCACAAAAUGUGCUUACUGAAUGCAGUGAAGGCUAGUACAGUAGUGACAAGUAAGUUGCUUAUGACUAGGCGACUCCUAUUUGAUUAGUGGGCAUGUAGCUAGCUAUGUGUCUCUGUCCCCUCAGCCGUUCAUGGAGAAGUAUCUGAAGAUCCAUGACACGUGUGGCAUCCACAACCUCCACGCCAUGCCUGGGGUCAUAGGGGGCAUCGUGGGCGCCAUCACUGCUGCAGCCGCCAGUGAAGGGGUCUAUGGCAAGGAGGGGUGAGUUCACAGGUUACAACCGUAUGCCCAACCAAUGGCCUGUUAUUAUUUCAAUCUGCACCAGUUUUAGGCCUAAUUGGCAGCUUUAACGUGAUGAACUCAUCUAAUGUCAUUAUUAUGCACAUGUAGUAGUGGCACAGCAGCUGGGCAACAAGAAUACUGCGGCAAUAAAAAGAAAGUCUGCUCAGUUGUUGCCGCUUCCAAAUGUGAUAUUUUCCUUUGACUUACUGAUGUAGAGUAACAAUCUUGUUUUUUAAAUAGGUUGAUAAACACGUUUGACUUUACGGGGGAAUGGAAAGACAUGGUGCCGACCCGGCAGGGAGGACACCAGGCAGCAGGGCUCUGUGUUGCCCUCUGCUUUGGAAUCGGAGGAGGAAUCAUUGUUGGUGAGAGUUGGACACAACUUAAUGGUGUCCCGAUUAGGUUGAGUGUGUCUGUGUUUGCAUGCAUGUUUUCAUGAGAAGAGGUUACAAGAUAGCUGCCAAGUUAUUGUGGUAUUGUAGUAUUUUUUGGCUGUGGUGGUGUAUUUGAAUAAUUGCUACAUGUACUCAAUGUUGGUGAGAUGAGGAUGUUGUGUUUGUCCCCAGGCUGUAUCCUGAGGUUACCUAUCUGGGGGGAUGCUCCUGAUAACAACUGCUUUGAUGAUGAGAUCUACUGGGAGGUGAGAUACUGAACUAAACCAUUAGUCUAACUAGCAUGAAGACAGUGAAGCCAUUUUGGAGCUAUUUUUCUGAAGGUGAUUUCUUUUUUUUCAGUAAUAUUUUACUCCUUUUAUUUUCAUUGAUUUGUGUCAUUGUUAAAGGGAAGUGUAUGUUUUUGUCACCCCUGUCAACUAAAAAACAGUGUUUCCCUCAUACUGUCACGUCCUACAUGGAAUGGUCAAUACCAGUGUUUAGUUAUUAACUUGUAUCCAGUCCAAGGAGGGUUGAUAUUGUUAUGUCUAAAUGGUCUUUGGUUUGAAGUGGCUGAGGAAGGAUAUGGCAGUGGAAACUAUGAUUAACUCUUCUUUUACAUGCUGUUGGAAGCUCUAAUAAAAAUGUUUCUAUGAUGAUGAUGAUUUCUGCCACCAGUUACCUGAGGAUGAAGAGAACAAUCCACCUACCGUGGAGUACAACAACCACAUGCGGAACAAGGCCGUGUAAGUAUCAGAUUUGUGCAACAGUGUGAUCAUGGAGAUUGGAUUGUAAGGCUUUCAUAUCUUACAACUCAUGGUAAGACAUGAGAACUGCUUUGGUUCUCAUAAGAUGUGUUAUGUCAAAUAUCCUCAAGAUGGUAGCAGACCACUGUGCUAUAUGCAGUGUAUGCCCUCCACUAGUGCAAACAAUCCAUGUUUGGGUCUACACAAUACGGAGACGAUUGCCUCAAAUGAGUGGAGAUAGCAUUGCACCAUCACCCCCUUGCCCAGGUCCGAGCAAUUCUACACAUUUUGCCAUGGGAAAGAUAAUUUGUUUUGAUGUUUUAAAGAUACAUUCCUGUAAUUUUUUCCUGUAAAUUUUCAAUUUAGGAGGUAUCUGUCUAUUUGAUGUAAAACAAUAUAGAAAAAGAACAGGAAACUACUUUUAAUUCCAUUUAAGUGAAGCAAUUUGAAAAUAAAAAGAGUGUACUGGUCAGAAUUUAUGAAUAAACUGGCUGGCUGAGGCCUUGACAUGAUGAAACCAUGUUGGAGAAGCUGUGUAGCCUAUAUAUUUACUUGAAUUUGAUGGUUGCUGUUUAAAUAUGUGUUUAGGGGCUGUAUCAGUUUCACACAAAGAUUGUAACCUUAAUGUAACCUUUGUCAUUUACAGAACAGAAUCAAAUUUAUCUUUGGAACGGAGUCAGAACUUACACUAGGGCCUGAUGUCAUCUCCCCCCUACACUUUCAACUGAUGGUCUAUCCUACACUGACUCCUGCUAGACAGAAAUCAGUCAUCUCCUCUUCACCAUUCUGUAUACUGUCCUGUUCAUGGAAUUAAUAGUACAUUUGUACUACUUUAGAUGGAAUCACAACAACAACUUCCUAAGAAACACUGAUACUUGUUAUCUUUAAUGAAAUCACAUUGGAAAAUAAUAAAAUACAAAUAAAUGGUGGCAUGUUUUAAAAAUAAUGGUGGCAUGUUUUAUCACCAGUCAGGCAUAUGUCGAAUCACAAGCAGACGCUUAAUCAUUCAUAUGAACUGUAAAAUAGGCUACUGUAUGUGACUGUACACAAUGUCUUUACACAGCCCACACCUCCAAUGAUGCUGGUGCUAGAAUAAUUAUUGUAGUAAUCAGAAUUUGUGGAGAUUCUGUCGUUUCUGGCAGGUAUACUGUAUGCCAUGUUUUGUUUGUUUGUUUAUGUUUUUUUAGGUCCAGUUGCUGGGGCGUUUCAUUGGGGGGCCAAGGGGGGACCAAGAACCGUUCAUGAGUGGCAAUGGGAAAUCAGCAAAUUGUAUCACAAAUAGUGUUGAAAAUUGGCUUAAACUGUGAUGUAUUGAAUAACUGUUUCAAAUUGUAAUUUUUGUCUGCCCUAAUCUAUUUAAAUAAAUUAAACAAUAAUUAACAAAAAAACUUUACUUGUCUUUUUCAACUAGCACUGAAUUUGCUGAUAAUUACUUUAUAAUUAUAAUAUUUUUUUAAACCUAGCCAUCUUCCACCUCUGCCCUUCGUUCAACUGACAGCCCGAAUCCACUAUCCACGAUGGGUGUGAUGAAACAACAGAAGCCCCAUUAAUUUUCCACAGAGGAGAGCAAAGUGGACAGAUGGAUUAUUGGGCGAUGCGAGCAUGCAUGGGCGAGGGAGCGUGAACAGGGUGGGGAAAGUUUAACUUUAUGCAAAUACUCUGCGAUAUCGAGGCGUGAUUGACCAAUCAAAGCUCAGUAUAGCUUCCAGCCACUACUGGAUUGGCUGUUGAUACCUAGCACUACCUAGCAUGUUUGCUAGCACCCAAAUGAGGGCGAAGCUAGCGUGGCAAGCUGAAUUAUCAUGGUAUUGUGGAUCACGGCCAUGAGAGGGAAGUCGCACUGUUCACUGCAGCUAUUCGAUCCAUUCUCCGUAGUCCUAAAGCCAGCUAGCCAAGCAAACAGCUUUCAAGCCUGCUCUAAGGCAUCCGCAUGGUCCUAAGCCAGCCCGCUAAUACCACUUUGGUCUAACAGUGUUAAACUAUACUGAACAAAAAUAUAAAUACAACAUGCACCAAUUUCAAAUAUUUUACUGAGUUACAGUUCAUAUAAGGAAAUCAGUCAAUUUAAAUAAAUGCAUUAGGCCCGAAUCUAGGGAUUUCACAUGACUGGGAAUAAAGAUAUGCAUCACAGAUACCUUAAAAAAAGGUAGGGGCGUGGAUCAGAAAACCAGUCAGGAUCUCAAAUCAAAUCCGAAUGAAAUUUUAUUUGUCACAUGCGCCGAAUACUACAGAUGUAGACCUUACUGUGAAAUGCUUACUUACAAGCCCUUAACCAACAAUGCAGUUCCAAUUAGGGAAGGGGUGGUGGGGUUGGAAAGUAAUGAAGGGAAAUAUAUUAUAAAAAAAGGAUAUGUAUGUAUAUGUAUUUAUAUGUUUGUAUGUGUGUAUGUAUGUAUGUAUAUGUAUGUAUAUAUAUAUACACUGCUCAAAAAAAUAAAGGGAACACUUAAACAACACAAUGUAACUCCAAGUCAAUCACACUUCUGUGAAAUCAAACUGUCCACUUAGGAAGCAACACUGAUUGACAAUACAUUUCACAUGCUGUUGUGCAAAUGGAAUAGACAACAGGUGGAAAUUAUAGGCAAUUAGCAAGACACCCCCAAUAAAGGACUGGUUUUGCAGAUGGUGACCACAGACCACUUCUCAGUUCCUAUGCUUCCUGGCUGAUGUUUUGGUCACUUUUGAAUGCUGGCGGUGCUUUCACUCUAGUGGUAGCAUGAGACGGAGUCUACAACCCACACAAGUGGCUCAGGUAGUGCAACUCAUCCAGGAUGGCACAUCAAUGCGAGCUGUGGCAAGAAGGUUUGCUGUGUCUGUCAGCGUAGUGUCCAGAGCAUGGAGGCGCUACCAGGAGACAGGCCAGUACAUCAGGAGACGUGGAGGAGGCCGUAGGAGGGCAACAACCAAGCAGCAGGACUGCUACCUCCGCCUUUGUGCAAGGAGGAGCAGGAGGAGCACUGCCAGAGCCCUGCAAAAUGACCUCCAGCAGGCCACAAAUGUGCAUGUGUCUGCUCAAACGGUCAGAAACAGACUCCAUGAGGGUGGUAUGAGGGCCCGACGUCCACAGGUGGGGGUUGUGCUUACAGCCCAACACCGUGCAGGACGUUUGGCAUUUGCCAGAGAACACCAAGAUUGGCAAAUUCGCCACUGGCGCCCUGUGCUCUUCACAGAUGAAAGCAGGUUCACACUGAGCACGUGACAGACGUGACAGAGUCUGGAGACGCCGUGGAGAACGUUCUGCUGCCUGCAACAUCCUCCAGCAUGACCGGUUUGGCGAUGGGUCAGUCAUGGUGUGGGGUGGCAUUUCUUUGGGGGGCCGCACAGCCCUCCAUGUGCUCGCCAGAGGUAGCCUGACUGCCAUUAGGUACCGAGAUGAGAUCCUCAGACCCCUUGUGAGACCAUUUGCUGGUGCGGUUGGCCCUGGGUUCCUCCUAAUGCAAGACAAUGCUAGACCUCAUGUGGCUGGAGUGUGUCAGCAGUUCCUGCAAGAGGAAGGCAUUGAUGCUAUGGACUGGCCCGCCCGUUCCCCAGACCUGAAUCCAAUUGAGCACAUCUGGGACAUCAUGUCUCGCUCCAUCCACCAACGCCACGUUGCACCACAGACUGUCCAGGAGUUGGCGGAUGCUUUAGUCCAGGUCUGGGAGGAGAUCCCUCAGGAGACCAUCCGCCACCUCAUCAAGAGCAUGCCCAGGCGUUGUAGGGAGGUCAUACAGGCACGUGGAGGCCACACACACUACUGAGCCUCAUUUUGACUUGUUUUAAGGACAUUACAUCAAAGUUGGAUCAGCCUGUAGUGUGGUUUUCCACUUUAAUUUUGAGGGUGACUCCAAAUCCAGACCUCCAUGGGUUGAUAAAUUUGAUUUCCAUUGAUAAUUUUUGUGUGAUUUUGUUGUCAGCACAUUCAACUAUGUAAAGAAAAAAGUAUUUAAUAAGAUUGUUUCAUUCAUUCAGAUCUAGGAUGUGUUAUUUUAGUGUUCCCUUUAUUUUUUUGAGCAGUGUAUAUAUAUAUAUAUAUAUAUAUAUAUAAUUGCGAGAAGAAAAAAAAACAUAUGGGGGAUUGGAAGUGAUACAGACAAUUACAUUGAUGGAAGUUACAAUCUAUCUGCAAUAUUAAAGCUGAUCUAGCCCCCCCCCCCAAAAAACGUAUAAAACCAAACAAUGCAGUUCAAGAAAUAGAGUUAAGAAAACAUUUACGAUAUAAACGAAAGUAAAAAAAAAAAAUACUAUGAAAAAGUUAUACAAGAAAAUUACAUAACAAUAACGUGGUUAUAUACAGGGGGUACCGGUACCGAGUCAAUGUGCGGGGGUACAGGUUAUCGAGGUAAUUUGUAAAGUGACUGCAUAGAUAAUAAACAGUGAGUAGCAGCAGUGUAAAAACAAAGGGGGGGGGGGGGGGGGGGGGGUUCAAUGUAAAUAGUCCGGGUGGCCAUUUGAUUAAAUGUCCAGCAUUCUUAUGGCUUGGGGGUAGAAACUGUUAAGGAGCCUUUUGGUCCUAGACUUGACGCUCCGGUACCUCUUGCAGUGCGGUAGCAGAGAGAACAGUCUAUGAAUUGGGUGACUGGAGUCUUUGACAAUUUUUAGGGCCUUCCUCAGACAUCGCCUAGUACAUAGGUCAUGGAUGUCAGGAAGCUUGGCCCCAGUGAUGUACUGGGCCGCACGCAUUACCCUCUGUAGCACCUUACGGUCAGAUGCCGAGCAGUUGCCAUACCAGGCAGUGAUGCAACCGGUCAGGAUGCUCUCGAUGGUGCAGCUGUAUAACCUUUUGAGGAUCUGGGGACCUAUGCCAAAUCUUUUCAAUCUCCUGAGGCGGAAAAGGUGUUUUUGUGCCCUCUUCACAACUGUCUUGGUGUGUUUGGACCAUGAUAGUUUGUUGGUGAUGUGGACACCAAGGAACUUGAAACUCUCGAUACGCUCCACUUCAGCCCCAUUGAUGUAAAUGGGGGACUGUUCGGCCCUCCUCCUUUUCCUAUAGUCCACGAUCAGCUCAUUUGUCUUGCUCACAUUGAGGGAGAGGUUGUUGUCCUGGCACCACACUGCCAGGUCUCUAACCACCUACCUAUAGGCUGACUCAUCGUUGUCGGUGAUCAGGCCUACCACUGUUGUGUCGUCAGCAAACUUAAUGAUGGUGUUGGAGUCGUCCUUGGCCAUGCAGUCAUGGGUGAACAGGGAGUACAGGAGGGGACUAAGCAUGCACCCCUGAGGGGCCCCAGUGUUGAGGAUCAGCGUAGCAGAUGUGUUGUUGCCUACCCUUACCACCUGGGGGUGGCCCAUCAGGAAGUCCAGGAUCCAGUUGCAGAGGGAGGUGUUUAGUCCCAGGGUCCUUACCUUAGUGAUGAGCUUUGUGGGCAUUAUGGUGUUGAACGCUGAGCUGUAGUCAAUGAACAGCAUUCUCACAUAGGUGUUCUUUUUGUCCAGGUGGGAAAGGGCAGUGUGGAGUGCGAUUGAGAUUGCAUGAUCUGUGGAUCUGUUGGGGCGGUAUGCGAAUUGGAGUGGGUCUAGAGUUUCCGGCAUGAUUGUGUAGAUGUGAGCCAUGACCAGCCUUUCAAAGCACUUCAUAUCUACCGACGUGAGGGCUACGGGGUGGAAAUCAUUUAGGCAGGUUACCUUUGCUUUCUUGGGCACAGGGACUAUGAUGGUCUGUUUGAAACAUGUAGGUAUUACAGACUCGGUCAGGGAGAGGUUGAAAAUGUCAGUGAUGACACUUGCCAGAAUUAAUGUAUCAGGACGAGACCGACAUCUUUUCUUAGCCAGUCGAAGCCAUGAAUCAGCAUAAUUUUUAUGGAUACAGUAUAUACAAAGAAAUGUCAAUAGAAAAACAGGUAAAACGAAAUGAAAUGCAGCUACUUUACUGUUAUUCUAACUUUGCACGGUUUGACGUGACUGUGUUAGCCAUAGUUGGCUAGCUAGCAAGCAAGGGAUAAGAGUGUUGACAGCCAGCAUGGCAACGGAACAUUUAGAAUGAAAGACUGGGUUGCGUCCAUAGAUAUAGAACAAAAAGACUUCACGACUGGGUCGCGUUUCUCAUGGUCUGAGAGUCUUUAGUUGCCUUUUGGCAAACUCCAAGCGGGCUGUCAUGUGCUUUUUACAGAGCAGUGGCUUCCGUCUGGCCACUCUACCAUAAAGACCUGAUUGGUGGAGUGCUGCAGAGAUGGUUGUCCUUCUGGAAGGUUCUCCCAUCUUCACAGAGAAACUCUAGAUCUCUGUCAGUGACAAUCGGGUUCUUGGUCACCUCCCUGAAAACAAGAAAUAAAAAACUUGAGUGUGCAUAACUAUUCACCCCCCCAAAGUCAAUACUUUGUAGAGCCACCUUUUGCAGAAAUUACAGCUGCAAGUCUCUUGGGGUAUGUCUCUAUAAACCUGGCACAUCUAGCCACUGGGAUUUUUGCCCAUUCUUCAAGGCAAAACUGCUCCAGCUCCUUCAAGUUGGAUGGGUUCCGCUGGUGUACAGCAAUCUUUAAGUCAUACCACAGAUUCUCAAUUGGAUUGAGGUCUGGGCUUUGACUAGGCCAUUCCAAGACAUUUCAAUGUUUCCCCUUAAACACUCGAGUUAUGCUUUAGCAGUAUGCUUAGGGUCAUUGUCCUGCUGGAAGGUGAACCUCCGUCCCAGUCUCAAAUCUCUGGAAGACUGAAACAGGUUUCCCUCAAGGAUUUCCCUUUAUUUAACGCCAUCCAUCAUUCCUUCAAUUCUGACCAGUUUCCCAGUCCCUGCCGAUGAAAAACAUCCCCACAGCAUGAUGCUGUCACCACCAUGCUUCACUCAAUUUUGCUUCACCCAAUUUUAGUCUCAUCUGACCAGAGUAUCUUCUUCCAUAUGUUUGGGAAGUCUCCCACAUGCCUUUUGGCGAACACCAAACGUGUUUGCUUAUUUCUUUCUUUAAACAAUGGCUUUUUUCUGGCCACUUUUCCAUAAAUCCCAGCUCCGUGGAGUGUACGGCUUAAAGUGGUCCUAUGGACAGAUACUCCAAUCUCCACUGUGGAGCUUUGCAGCUCCUUCAGGGUUAUCUUUGGUCUCUUUGUUUCCUCUCUAAUUAAUGCCCUCCUUGCCUGGUCCGUGAGUUUUGUUGGGUGGCCCUCUCUUGGCAGGUUUGUUGUGCUGCCAUAUUCUUUCAAUUUUUUAAUAAUAGAUUUAAUGGUGCUCCAUGGGAUGUUCAAAGUUUCUGAUAUUUGUUUAUAACCAAACCCUGAUCUGUACUUCUCCACAACUUUGUCCCUGACCUGUUUGGAGAGCUCCUUGGUCUUCAUGGUGCCGCUUGCUUGGUGGUGCCCCUUGCUUAGUGGUGUUGCAGACUCUGGGGCCUUUCAGAACAGGUGUAUAUAUACUGAGAUCAUGUGACAGAUCAUGUGACACUUAGAUUCCACACAGGUGGACUUUAUUUAACUAAUUAUGUGACUUCUGGAGGUAAUUGGUUGCACCAGAUUUUAUUUAGUGGAUUCAUAGCAAAGGGGGUGAAUACAUAUGCAGGCACCACUUUUCCAUUAUUUAUCUAUUAGAAUUUUUUUCAUUUCACUUCACCAAUUUGGAAUAUUUUGUGUAUGUCCAUUACAUGAAAUCGAAAUAAAAAUCAAUUUAAAUAACAGGUUGUAAUGGAACAAAAUAGGAAAAACGCCAAGGGGGAUGAAUACUUUUGCAAGGCCAGGGAUGCUGGCAGCUCCAUGGUGAUCCACACAGUGGGGCUUAAUAUGGUCUGUCCAGCUCGUGGAUGCUGUACCGGGACAACCUGGACCAGAGCAAGGAUCUGAUUGGCUCUGUCUCCCAAUCCGACAUCUUUGCCAUGUUCGGUGAGUCUGAGUCUGAGCCACAAUGGUUGACACUUUUCACAUUUUCCAUACUCGUAUUGAUGAAACUGUACUACCAUGGAUCCAUUCUUGACCCAUAGGAACCCUGUUCCUGUGGAUGUUCUGGCCUAGUUUUAACCAGGCCAUCUCGGACCACAGGGAUGGGCAGCAUCGAGCGGCCAUCAACACCUACCUGUCCCUGGCCACCACUGUCCUCACCACAAUAGCCAUCUCCAGUCUCUCCCAGAAGACCGGCAAGCUGGACAUGGUAAUGUAAUUGACCCACAGGGUGUGCAUUACAUACAGUACCAGUCAAAAGUUUGAACACACCUACUCAUUCAAGGGUUUUUCUUUAUUUUUACUAUUUUCUACAUUGUAGAAUAAUAGUGAAGACAUCAUAACUAUGAAAUAACACAUAUGGAUUCAUGUAGUAACCAAAAAAGUGUUAAACAAAACAAAAUGUAUUUUAGAUUCUUCAAAGUAGCCACCCUUUGCCUUGAUGACAACUUUGCACACUAUUGGCAUUCUCUCAACCAGCUUCAUGAGGAAUGCUUUUCCAACAGAUUUGCAGGAGUUCCCACAUAUGCUGAGCACUUGUUGGAUGCUUUUCCAUCACUCUGCGGUCCAUCUCAUCCCAAACCAUCUCAAUUGGGUUGAGGUCAGGUGAUUGUGGAGGCCAGGUCAUCUGAUGCAACACUCCAUCACUCUCCUUCUUGGUCAAAUAGCCCUUAAACAUCCUGGAGGUAUGUUUUGUCCUGUUGAAAAUCCAAUGAUAGUCCCACUAAGCUCAAACCAGAUGGGAUGGCGUAUUGCUGCAGAAUGCUGUGGUAGCCAUGCUGGUUAAGUGUGCCUUGAAUUCUAAAUAAAUCACUGACAGUGUCACCAGCAAAGCACCCCCACACCAUCACACCUCCUCUUCCAUGCUUCAUGGUGGGAACCACACAUGCGGAGAUCAUCUGUUCACCUGCUCUGCGUCUCACAAAGACACGGUGGUUGGAACCAAAAAUCUCCAAUUUGGACACAUCAGACCAAAGGACAGAUUUCCACCGGUCUAAUGUCCAUUGCUCGGGUUUCUUGGCCCAAGCAAGUCUCUUCUUAUUAUUGCUGUACUUUAGUAGUGGUUUCUUUGCAGCAAUUCAACCAUGAAGGCCUGAUUUCACGCAGUCUCCUCUGAACAGUUGAUGUUGAGAUUUGUCUGUUACUUGAACUCUGUGAAGCAUUUAUUUGGGCUGCAAUCUGAGGUGCAGUUAACUCUUGCCUGGUUCCAGAUCUGUUUGUGCUGUCUUGCCAAUUCCUAUGGUCAUUGGAGUAUGGUCAUACCCACUUCCUUAUUAUCUCUACUCAAGCCACUGGUCAACUUCUGUUCCUGUGUUCCAGGUUCACAUCCAUUACGUCACGCUGGCCGGGGGCGCAGUGAAGACUAGUACGGUAGUGACAAGUAAGUUGCUUAUGACUAGGCGACUCCUAUUUGAUUAGUGGGCAUGUAGCUAGCUAUGUGUCUCUGUCCCCUCAGCCGUUCAUGGAGAAGUAUCUGAAGAUCCAUGACACGUGUGGCAUCCACAACCUCCACGCCAUGCCUGGGGUCAUAGGGGGCAUCGUGGGCGCCAUCACUGCUGCAGCCGCCAGUGAAGGGGUCUAUGGCAAGGAGGGGUGAGUUCACAGGUUACAACCAUAUGCCCACCCAAUGGCCUGUUAUUAUUUCAAUCUGCACCAGUUUUAGGCCUAUUUGGCAGCUUUAACGUGAUGAACUCAUCUAAUGUCAUUAUUAUGCACAUGCAGUAGUGGCACAGCAGCUGGGCAACAAGAAUACUGCGGCAAUAAAAAGAAAGUCUGCUCAGUUGUUGCCGCUUCCAAAUGUGAUAUUUUCCUUUGACUUACUGAUGUAGAGUAACAAUCUUGUUUUUAAAUAGGUUGAUAAACACGUUUGACUUUACGGGGGAAUGGAAAGACAUGGUGCCGACCCGGCAGGGAGGACACCAGGCAGCAGGGCUCUGUGUGUGUGUGUGCGCGCAUGCGUGUUUUCAUGAGAACAGGUUACAAGAUAGCUGCCAAGUUACUGUGGUAUUGUAGUAUUGUGUGGCUGUGGUGGUGUAUUUGAACAAUUGCUACAUGUACUCAAUCAUGUACUCAAUGUUGGUGAAAUGAGGAUGUUGUGUUUGUACCCAGGCUGUAUCCUGAGGUUACCUAUCUGGGGGGAUGCUCCUGAUGACAUUUGCUUUCAAGAUGAGAUCUACUGGGAUUUGAGAUACUGUACUAAACCAUUAAAGACUAAAUGCAUUAAUAUCAUGAAGACUGUGAAGUCAUUUUGGAACUAUCUUUCUGAAGGUGAUUUCUUAGCUUUUUUUAGUUGAGAGAAUUUUUAUCAAAAUAAUUGUACACCUUUGGUUUUAAUUGAUUUGUGUCAUUGUUAAAGGGAGGUGUAUGUUUUUGUCACCCCUGUCAGCUAAAAAACAGUGUUUCCCUCAUACUGUCAAGUCCUACAUGGAAUGGUCAAUACCAGUGUUUAGUUAUUAACUUGUAUCCAGUCCAAGGAGGGUUGAUAUUGUUAUGUCUAAAUGGUCUUUGGUUUGAAGUGGCUGAAGAUGUCACGAUCGUCAAAAGGAUUGGACCAAUGCGCAGCGUGGAAUGCGAACAUACUUUAUUAUAUAUUCACCACACGAACAAAAACAACAAAACGAUACGUGAAGUCCUUGGUAACAAACACAAACCAACACGGAACAAGAUCCCACAAUACACUGUGCCAAACAGGCUGCCUAAGUAUGGUUCCCAAUCAGAGACAACAAGCAACAGCUGAUUCUCGUUGCCUCUGAUUGAGAACCACCCCGGCCAACAUAGAUACACAUGAACUAGAUCCUAACAUAGAAACACAAACACAUAGAAUCUACACACCCUGGCUCAACAUAAGAGUCCCAGAGCCAGUGCGUGACAGUACCCCCCCUCAAAGGCGCGGACUGCGACCGCGCCAAACAUAAACCGAACAGGGGAGGGCCGGGUGGGCAUUCCUCCUCGGAGGCGGAUCCGGCUCCGGGCGUGACCACCACCCUCUAAUAACCCCCCCGUAGUGCCCCUGGUCUAGUCUGGCCCCGCUGGCUGGAGCUGGACUGGACAUCGGUUGAGCGGAUUGCUUAGGCUCCGGUGUGGAGCAGCUGACCGGUACCUGACCAGGCACCGGUGAACCGGGCACGGGCUGUGCCGGACUGACGACACGCACCCCAGGCUUGGUGCGGGAAGCAGGAAUGGGCCGGACCGGGCUGACGAUGCGCACCCCUGGCUUGGUGCGGGGAGCAGGAAUGGGCCGGACCGGGCUGACGAUGCGCACCACAGGCUUGGUGCGGGGAGCAGGAAUGGGCCGGACCGGGCUGACGACGCGCACCCCUGGCUUGGUGCGGGGAGCAGGAACGGGCCGGACCGGGCUGACGACGCGCACCACAGGCUUGGUGCGGGGAGCAGGAAUGGGCCGGACCGGGCUGACGACGCACACUCCUGGCUUGGUGCGGGGAGCAGGAACGGGCCGGGCCGGGCUGGCGACGCGCACCAUAGGCUUGGUGCGGGGAGCAGGAACAGGCCGGGCCGGCGACGCGCACCAUAGGCUUGGUGCGGGGAGCAGGAACAGGCCGGGCCGGGCUGGCGACGCGCACCAUUGGCUUGGUGCGGGGAGCAGGAACAGGCCGGGCCGGGCUGGCGACGCGCACCACAGGCUUGGUGCGGGGAGCAGGAACAGGCUGGGCCGGGCUGGCGACGCGCACCAUUGGCUUGGUGCGGGGAGCAGGAACAGGCCGGGCCGGGCUGGCGCCGCACACCAUAGGCUUGGUGCGGGGAGCAGGAACAGGCCGGGCCGGGCUGGCGACGCGCACCAUUGGCUUGGUGCGGGAAGCAGGAACAGGCCGGGCCGGGCUGGCGACGCGCACCAUUGGCUUGGUGCGAGGUGCAGGAACAGGCCGGGCCGGGCUGGCGACACGCACCAUUGGCUUGGUGCGAGGGGCAGGAACAGGCCGGGUCGGGCUGGCGACGCGCACCAUAGGCUUGGUGCGAGGGGCAGGAACAGGCCGGACCGGGCUGGCGACGCGCAUCACAGGCUUGGUGCGAGGGACAGGAACAGGCCGGACCGCACUGGGAACACACACCACUGGCCUUAUACGGGGAUCAGGAACGGGCCGGACCAGACUGGCAACACACUUCAGUACCUCUCGCCGUGCCUCUACACUUUCCCUCCCUCUAAUCACCAAUGGCUCCCGUAACCCGGUGGCGUUCUCUCCUCGUCCACAAACUCGCCCCUUAUCUGCCUCCAGCAGCCCCGUCGUACAUGCCAUGUGCCCCCCCCUAAAAAUGUAUUGGGGUUGCCUCUCGCCUGUCCGACGACGACACUGUUGGCGCCGUACCUCCUCUCUCGCCAAGGCUUUAACCUUUGCCCAUGGUCCUCUGUCCUCGAACAUGUCCUCCCAGGACCACCAUUGGCCCACCUGGGCCAUCGCCAACUUCUCCAUCUCCUUAACCGGCGUUAGCUCCGAAACACGCUGCUUGGUCCAGUAUUGGUGGGAUCUUCUGUCACGAUCGUCAAAAGGAUUGGACCAAUGCGCAGCGUGGAAUGCGAACAUACUUUAUUAGAGUACUUACACAACUAACAAAACAACAAAAGAUACGUGAAGUCCUUGGUAACAAACACAAACCAACACGGAACAAGAUCCCACAAUACACUGUGCCAAACAGGCUGCCUAAGUAUGGUUCCCAAUCAGAGACAACAAGCAACAGCUGAUUCUCGUUGCCUCUGAUUGAGAACCACCCCGGCCAACAUAGAUACACAUGAACUAGAUCCUAACAUAGAAACACAAACACAUAGAAUCUACACACCCUGGCUCAACAUAAGAGUCCCAGAGCCAGGGCGUGACAGAAGAAGGAUAUGGCAGUGGAAACUAUGUUUACCUCUUCUUUUACAUGCUGUUGGAAGCUCUAAUAAAAAUGUUUCGAUGAUGAUGAUGAUUUCUGCCACCAGUUACCUGAGGAUGAAGAGAACAAUCCACCUAUCGUGGAGUACAACAACCACAUGCGGAACAAAGCCGUGUAAGUAGCAGAUUUGUGCAACGUUGUGAUUUUGGAAAUUGGAUUGUAAGGUUUUCUUUUGUUACACCUCAUGGUAAGAGCUGCUGAGGUGUGUGGUACGCCAAUGUGAGUGUGUGUUGUAUAGGCUAUGUGCUCUCUCUUCAGGUUCAUCUGUUCUGUGUUGAUAGGGGUGUUCCAUUGCUCUUGACAGGUGCUUUCUGAAAGUUACCUCUUUGAAGGUGACCUUGAAGUUAUACAGUAGCUGUUGUGCUUGGCCUGAAAAUUAUACUGUUUUUAGAAUGAGGGAUUCUUUUUCUAUUUAGGAGGUAUCUGUCUAUUUGAUGUAAAACAAUAUAGAAAAAGAACAGGAAACAACUUUUAAUUCCAUUUAAGUGAAGCAAUUUGAAAAUAGAAAGAGUGUACUGGUCAGAAUUUAUGAAUAAACUGGCUGGCUGAGGCCUUGACAUGAUGAAACCAUGUUGGAGAAGCUGUGUAGCCUAUAUAUUUACUUUAAUUUGAUGAUUGCUGAUUAAAUAUGUGUUUAGGGGCUGUAUCAGUUUCACACAAAGGUUGUAACCUUAAUGUAACCUUUGUCAUUUACAGAACAGAAUCAAAUGUAUCUUUGGAACGGAGUCAGAACUGACGCUAGGGCCUGAUGUCAUCUCCCCCCUACACUUUCAACUGAUGGUCCUAUCCUACACUGACUCCUGCUGGACAGAAACCAGUCAUCUCCUCUUCACCAUUCUGUAUACUGUCCUGUUCAUGGAAUUAAUAGUACAUUUGUACUACUUUAGAUGGAAUCACAACAAGAACUUCCUAAGAAACACUGAUACUUGUUAUCUUUAAUGAAAUCACAUUGGAAAAUAAUAAAAUACAAAUAAAUGGUGGCAUGUUUUAUCACCAGUCAGGCAUAUGUCGAAUCACAAGCAGACGCUUAAUCAUUCAUAUGAACUGUAAAAUAGGCUACUAUAUGUGACUGUACACAAUGUCUUUACACAGCCCACACCUGCAAUGAUGCUGGUGCUAGAAUAAUUAUUGUAGUAAUUAGAAUUUGUGGAGAUUCCGUCGUUUCUGGCAGGUAUACUGUAUGCCAUGUUUUGUUUGUUUGUUUAUGUUUUUUAGGUCCAGUUGCUGGGGCGUUUCAUAGGGGGGCCAAGGGGGGACCAAGAACCGUUCAUGAGUGGCAAUGGGAAAUCAGCAAAUUGUAUCACAAAUAGUGUUGAAAAUUGGCUUAAACUGUGAUGUAUUGAAUAACUGUUUCAAAUUGUAAUUUUGUCUGCCCUAAUCUAUUUAAAUAAAUUAAACAAUAAUUAACAAAAAAAACUUUACUUGUCUUUUUCAACUAGCACUGAAUUUGCUGAUAAUUACUUUAUAAUUAUAAUAUUUUUUUAAACCUAGCCAUCUUCCACCUCUGCCCUUCGUUCAACUGACAGCCCGAAUCCACUAUCCACGAUGGGUGUGAUGAAACAACAGAAGCCCCAUUCAUUUUCCACAGAGGAGAGCAAAGUGGACAGAUGGAUUGUUGGGCGAUGCAAGCAUGCAUGGGCGAGGGAGCGUGAACAGGGUGGGGAAAGUUUAACUUUAUGCAAAUACUCUGCGAUAUCGAGGCGUGAUUGACCAAUCAAAGCUCAGUUUAGCUUCCAGCCACUACUGGAUUGGCUGUUGAUACCUAGCACUACCUAGCAUGUUUGCUAGCACCCAAAUGAGGGCGAAGCUAGCGUGGCAAGCUGAAUUAUCAUGGUAUUGUGGAUCACGGCCAUGAGAGGGAAGUUGCACUGUUCACUGCAGCUAUUCGAUCCACUCUCCGUAGUCCUAAAGCCAGCUAGCCAAGCAAACAGCUUUCAAGCCUGCUCUAAGGCAUCCGCAUGGUCCUAAGCCAGCCCGCUAAUACCACUUUGGUCUAACAGUGUUAAACUAUACUGAACAAAAAUAUAAAUAUAACAUGCACCAAUUUCAAAUAUUUUACUGAGUUACAGUUCAUAUAAGGAAAUCAGUCAAUUUAAAUAAAUGCAUUAGGCCCAAAUCUAUGGAUUUCACAUGACUGGGAACAAAGAUAUGCAUCAUAGAUACCUUUAAAAAAAAGGUAGGGGCGUGGAUCAGAAAACCAGUCAGUAAUUCAAAUCAAAUCCAAAUGAAAUUGUAUUUGUCACAUGCGCCGAAUACUACAGGUGUAGACCUUACCGUGAAAUGCUUACUUACAAGCCCUUAACCAACAAUGCAGUUCCAAUUAGGGAAGGGGUGGUGGGGUUGGAAAGUAAUAAAGGGAAAUAUAUUUUAAAAAAGGAUAUGUAUAUAUAUGUAUGUAUAUGUAUUUAUAUGUAUGUAUGUGUAUAUGUAUGUGUGUAUAUACAUACAUAUAUAUAUAUAUAUAUAUAUAUAUAUAAUUGCGAGAAAAAAACCCAUAUGGGGGAAUGGAAGUGAUGCAGACAAUUACAUUGAUGGAAGUUACAAUCUAUCUGCAAUAUUAAAGCUGAUCUACCCCCCAAAAAACAAAACAAAAACAAAAAACAAUGCAGUUCAAGAAAUAGAGUUAAGAAAACAUUUACGAAAUAAACUAAAGUCAAAAAAUUAAAUACAAUCAAAAAGUAACAGAAGAAAAGUACAUAACAAAAACAUAUACAGGGGGUACCGGUACUAAGUCAAUGUGCGGGGGUACAGGUUAGUCGAGGUAAUUUGUAAAGUGACUGUAUAGAUAAUAAACAGCGAGUAGCAGCAGUGUAAAAACAAAGGGGGUGGGGGUCAAUGUAAAUAGUCCGGGUGGCCAUUUGAUUAAUUGUUCAGCAGUCUUAUGGCUUGGGGGUAGAAGCUGUUAAGGAGCCUUUUGGUCCUAGCCUUGGCGCUCCGGUACAUCUUGCCGUGCGGUAGCAGAGAGAACAGUCUAUGACUUGGGAGACUGGAGUCUGACAAUUUUUAGAGCCUUCCUCUGACACCUCCUAGUAUAUAGGUCAUGGAUGUCAGGAAGCUUGGCCCCAGUGAUGUACUGGGCCGCACGCAUUACCCUCUGUAGCGCCUUACGGUCAGAUACCGAGCAGUUGCCAUACCAGGUGGUAAUGCAACCGGUCAGGACGCUCUCGAUGGUGCAGCUGUAUAAUCUUUUGCUGAUCUAGGGACCCAUGCCAAAUCUUUUCAGUCUCCUGAGGCGGAAAAGGUGUUGUCGUGCCCUCUUCACAACUGUCUUGGUGUGUUUGGAGCAUGAUAGUUUGUUGGUGAUGUGGACACCAAGGAACUUGAAACUCUCGAUCUGCUCCACUUCAGCCCCGUCGACUAUAUGGGGGCCUGUUCGGCCCUCCUUUUCCUAUAGUCCACGAUCAGCUCAUUUGUCUUGCUCACAUUAAGGGAGAGGUUGUUGUCCUGGCACCACACUGCCAUGUCUCUGACCACCUCCCUAUAGGCAUCGUUGUCGGUGAUCAGACCUACCACUGUUGUGUCGUCAGCAAACUUAAUGAUGGUGUUGGAGUCGUGCUUGGCCACGCAGUCAUGGGUGAACAGGGAGUACAGGAGGGGACUAAGCACGCACCCCUGAGGGGCCCCAGUGUUGAGGAUCAGCGUAGCAGAUGUGUUGUUGCCUACCCUUACCACCUGGGGGUGGCCCAUCAGGAAGUCCAGGAUCCAGUUGCAGAGGGAGGUGUUUAGUCCCAGGGUCCUUAGCUUAGUGAUGAGCUUUGUGGGCACUAUGGUGUUGAACGCUGAGCUGUAGUCAAUGAACAGCAUUCUCACAUACAGUUGAAGUCGGAAGUUUACAUACACCGUAGCCAAAUACAUUUAAACUCAGUUUUUCACAAUUCCUGACAUUUAAUCCUAGUAUAAAUUCUCUGUCUUAGGUCAGUUAGGAUCACCACUUUAUUUUAAGAAUGUUUAAUGUCAGAAUAAUAGUAAAGAGAAUUAUUUAUUUCAGCUUUUAUUUCUUUCAUCACAUUCCCAGUGGGUCAGAAGUUUACAUACACUCAAUUAGUAUUUGGUAGCAUUGCCUUUAAAUUGUUUAACUUGGGUCAAACGUUUCGGGUAGCCUACCACAAGCUUCCCACAAUAAGUUGGGUGAAUUUUGGCCCAUUCCUCCUGACAGAGCUGGUGUAACUGAGUCAGGUUUGUAGGCCUCUUUGCUCGCACACGCCUUUUCAGUUCUGCCCACAAAUGUUCUAUAGGAUUGAGGUCAGGGCUUUGUGAUGGCCACUCCAAUACCUUUACUUUGUUGUCCUUAAGCCAUUUUGCCACAACUUUGGAAGUAUGCUUGGGGUCAUUAUCCAUUUGGAAGACGCAUUUACGACCAUGCUUUAACUUCCUGACUGUCUUGAGAUGUUGCUUCAAUAUGCCAUCUAUUUUGUGAAGUGCACCAGUCCCUCCUGCAGCAAAGCACCCCCACACAGCAUGAUGCUGCCACCCCAAUGCUUCACGGUUGGGAUGGUGUUCUUCGGCUUGCAAGCCUCGCCCUUUUUCCUCCAAACAUAACGAUGGUCAUUAUUGCCAAACAGUUAUAUUUUUGUUUCAUCAGACCAGAGGACAUUUCUCCAAAACUGUGCAGUUGCAAACCGUAGUGGCUUUUUUAUGGCGGUUUUGGAGCAGUGGCUUCUUCCUUGCUGAGCGCCCUUUCAGGUUAUGUCGAUAUAGGACUCGUUUUACUGUGGAUAUAGAUACUUUUGUACCUGUUUCCUCCAGCAUCUUCACAAGGUCAUUUGCUGUUGUUCUGGGAUUGAUUUGCACUUUUCGCACCAAAGUACAUUCAUCUCUAGGAGACAGAACGCGUCUCCUUCCUGAGCGGUAUGACGGCUGCAUGGUCCCAUGGUGUUUAUACUUGCGUACUAUUGUUUGUACAGAUGAACGUGGUACCUUCAGGCAUUUGGAAAUUGCUCCCAAGGAUGAACCAGACUUGUGGAGGUCUUCAAUUAUUUUUCUGAGGUCUUGGCUGAUUUCUUUAGAUUUUCCCAUGAUGUCAAGCAAAGAGGCACUGAGUUUGAAGGUAUGCCUUGAAAUACAUCCACAGGUACACCUGCAAUUGACUAGAAUGAUGUCAAUUAGCCUAUCAGAAGCUUCUAAAGCCAUGACAUCAUUUCCUGGAAUUUUCCAAGCUGUUUAAAGGCACAGUCAACUUAGUGUAUGUAAAGUUCUGACCCACUGGAAUUGUGAUACAGUCAAUAAUAAGUGAAAUAAUCUGUCUGUAAGCAGUUGUUGGAAAAAUUACUUGUGUCAUGCACAAAGUAGAUGUCCUAACCGACUUGCCAAAACUAUAGUUUGCUAACAAGAAAUUUGUGGAGUGGUUGAAAAAUGAGUUUUAAUGAUUCCAACCUAAGUGUUCCUUUUGUCCAGGUGGGAAAGGGCAGUGUGGAGUGCGAUUGACAUUGUAUCAUCUGUGGAUCUGUUGGGGCAGUAUGCGAAUUGGAGUGGGUCUAGAGUUUCCGGCAUGAUUGUGUUGAUGUGAGCCAUGACCAGCCUUUCAAAGCACUUCAUGGCUACCGACGUGAGGGCUACGAGGCGGUAAUCAUUUAGGCAGGUUACCUUCGCUUUCUUGGGCACAGGGUGGUCUGUGGUGGUCUGUUUGAAACAUGUAGGUAUUACAGACUCGGUCAGGGAGAGGUUGAAAAUGUCAGUGAUGACACUUGCUAGAAUUAAUGUAUCAGGACGAGACCGACAUCUUUUCUUAGACAGUCGAAACCAUGAAUCAGCAUAAUUUUUAUGGAUACAGUAUAUACAAAGAAAUGUCAAUAGAAAAACAGGUAAAACGAAAUGAAAUGCAGCUACUUUACUGUUAUUCUAGCUCUGCACGGUUUGACGUGACUGUGUUAGCCAUAGUUGGCUAGCUAGCAAGCAAGGGAUAAGAGUGUUGACAGCCAGCAUGGCAACGGAACAGUUAGAAUGAACGACUGGGUCGCGUCUCUGGCAACCUAACCGAUAGAAUGAACAUCCACCCGGCUUGGCUAGCAACCAUAGUUGUGUCCGGACUAGGCCUAUAUUUGCGUUGAGAUAUGAAAUAGUACCCUAUGAAUACAUUCAGCAAAAUAUUUGUAUUUAUUUAAUUGGUAACCCAUUGUAGAAAAGCAAUUGUACACUCGAGGUUGUGCAAAACAACUUAUUUAGCACGGCUGUGCUGAUCUACUGAGCUCGUCUCCACCUCGUACCUAUGACCAAGGCACAGCUGUGCUAAUAAAAAAAAUGUUUAGCACGCCCCCUUGUAUACAAUUGCUUUAGUAUGAAUGAGUCAGUCAUGCAGAACAUACAGUGCCUUCGGAAAGUAUUCAGACCCCUUGACUUUACAGCCUUAUUCUAAAAUUGAUCAAAUUGUUUUUUUCACUCAUCAAUCUACACAACAUACCCCAUAAUGAAAAAGCAAAAACAGGUUUUUAGACAUUUCUGCUCAUUUAUUAAAAAUAAAAAAACAGUAAUAUCACAUUUACAUAAGUAUUCAGACCCUUUACUCAGUACAUUGUUGAAGCACCUUUGGCAGCAAUUACAGCCUUGAGUCUUCUUGGGUAUGAUGCUACAAGCUUGGCACACCUGUAUUUGGGGAGUUUCUCCCAUUCUUCUCUGCAGAUCCUCUCAAGCUCUGUCAGGUUGGAUGGGAAGCGUUGCUGCACAGCUAUUUUCAGGUCUCUCCAGAGAUGUUCAAGUCCGGGCUCUGCUGGGCCACUCAAGGACAUUCAGAGACUUGUCCCGAAGCCACUCCUGCAUUGUCUUGGUUGUGUGCUUAGGGUCGUUGUCCUGUUGGAAGGUGAACCUUCACCCCAGUCUGAGGUCCUGAGCGCUCUGGAGCAGGUUUUCAUCAAGGAUCUCUCUGUACUUUGCUCAGUUCAACUUUCCCUCAAUCCUGACUAGUCUCCCAGUCCCUGCAGCUGAAAAACACCCUCACAGCAUGAUGCUACCACCACCAUACUUCACCGUAGGGAUGGUGCCAGGUUUCCUUCAGACGUGACGCUUGGCAUUCAGGCCAAAGAGUUGAAUCUUGGUUUCAUCAGACCAGAGAGAGGUCUGAGAGCCUUUAGUUGCCUUUUGGAAAACUCCAAGUGGGCUGUCAUGUGAUUUUUACUGAGCAGUGGCUUCCGUCUGUCCACUCUACCAUAAAGACCUGAUUGGUGGAGUGCUGCAGAGAUGGUUGUCCUUCUGGAAGGUUCUCCCAUCUUCACAGAGGACCUGUCAGUGACCAUCGGGUUCAUGGUCACCUCCCUGACCAAGGCCCUUCUCUCCCGAUUGCUUAGUUUGGCCGGGCGGCCAGCGCUAGGAAGAGUCUUGGUGGUUCCAAACUUCUCCCAUUUAAGAAUGAUGGAGGCCACUGUGUUCUUGGGGACCUUCAAUGCUGCAGACAUGUUUUGGUACCCUUCCCUAGAUCUGUGCCUUGACACAAUCCUGUCUCGGAGCUCUACGGACAUUUCCUUCGACCUCAUGGCUUGGUUUUUUCUCUGACAUGCAUUGUCAACUCUGGGACCUUAUAUAUACAGGUGUGUGCCUUUCCAAAUCAUGUCCAAUCAAUUGAAUCUACCACAUAUGGACUCCAAUCAAGUUGUAGAAACAUCUCAAGGAUGAUCAGUGGAACAAGAUGCACCUGAGCUCAAUUUCGAGUCUCAUAGCAAAGGGUCUGAAUACUUUUGUAAAUGUGAUAUUUCCGGAUGUGUAUUUAUUUAAUACAUUUUAGAAUAAGGCUGUAACGUAACAAAAUGUGGAAAAGAUCAAGGGGUCUGAAUACUUUCUGAAGGCUCUGUAAGCCUACGUCAUUGAAAUCAAUCUAUAGAAGAACAUGUGUGGAUGGAAACGGAUCCUGCAUGCGUGCAUGGUAGGAGUGCCAGAGAGAGCCUAUCGUGAUGCAGGAGAAGUGGAGGAACCGGUCUGAUGGGAAAAUCCCUCAUAUGUAUCACUUGUUACUGUUGAUCAUCCUGGCUUCUGAGAUUUACUGUCUGUGGACACAAUAAUGGGAGGGCAAACAAAAACACAGCACUACAAUCACGCAUUUAUGAUACUGCUGAAGUAUUGUAUUAACAGAUAUGAGACUGUAUGUGUGGGUGAAUGUCUGUGUGACGCGUGUGCAUGUAAGCAAACGUGCCUGUGUGUGUGUGUGUGCCUGUAUGUGUGCGUGUGUGUGUGUGUGCGUGUGUGUACGCUAAUACCAUAAUAGCAGUUUGGUAUCCUAGCAGAAGGGCCCAAUAUAAAGUAGGAUGUCAAUUAAAUCAGUGUUGUGAGGUAUACAGAGUUAUGGUUAUGUGAGAUCAUAUAAAUAUAAAUGCUCUGUAUUUUGUGUGUGGUUUAAUUUGUAACAAACAUUACUGAAGGAUACAAAUGUACCAAGUCAAUAUACUGUAUCAUCAUGUUAGACAUAAUGUUGGACUGGUCAUUAAAUAACAAGGUUCUUAAAUUAUUAUUAGGUUCACGAUAACAUCAACUAUUGAUCUGUCAUUGUCAUUCUUUUUCUGUGACCAUUUUCAAGGGAUAAUGGUAUGGGCACGCUACACUUUUAGAACAAAGACAAUCCCACUUCAAACAUACACCAACCUAGCCUGGUCCCAGAUCUGUUUUUGUUCUGUGACAAUGACCAAAUGAGUUGGCAAGACACCACAAACAUAUCUGGUACCAGGCUGACACCGUCUCAGUAUACAUUAUAAUCCUACCCUGAUUCUGUCCUUAUCAGCAUGAUCAAUGCAGACUUCUGUAUAGCCAGCUGCCUGAUAGCGUACGGGGCGGUGCUAGGCAAGGUGAGCCCAGUCCAGCUGAUGGUGAAGACGCUGUUCGGAGUCACUCUGUAUGCUGUGGAGGAGUAUAUCAUCCUCAGCCUCAUACAU